CAUGGCGGGCCGCAGAGCUGCCAUCAAGGCCAUUGACUGGGCCGCCUUCGCCGAGAGGGUGCCCCCGAACCAGAGGGCCAUGUUCAACGCCCUGAAGACCCGCAGCGACGCGCUGUCGGCCCGGUUGGCCGCCCUGCCAGAGAAACCCCCGGCCAUCGACUGGGCUCACUACAAGGCUGCUGUUGCUAAAGCUGGCAUGGUGGAUGAGUUUCAGAAGAAGUUCAGUGCACUAAAGGUUCCUGAGCCAGUGGAUACACAAACUGCCAAAAUUGAUGCCCAAGAGCAGGAAGCUGCAAAGAGCACUGCUGAAUACGUGCAGGCUUCCAAAGCUCGGGUUGCCCAGUACGAGCAACAGCUGCAGAAGCUCAGAAGCAUGAUUCCCUUUGAACAGAUGACGUUUGAAGACUUGCACGAAGCCUUCCCUGAAACCAAACUGGACAUGGAGAAAUACCCGUACUGGCCCCACAGACCGAUUGCUGAUCUGUAAACUUGUCUGCAAGCAGUUUGCCUAACGACUGCCAGACUCGAUGAUCUUUUAAAUAAAGUGCUUCCCCUCCUGUUUGUGGCU